AUGGUGCGAGGAUAGAACUAUUCUAAAAAUUUGAAAUCUUUUUUUUUUACAUGGAAUGAUUUUUAAAAUUUUCUAAAACCUUUAAUAGUUUAAUAAUAAACAAAUGGAAUUUUACGUUAAUAUCGGACGUAACAAUUAUGACGAAUGAUGUCGUCGAUAGUCGAUCGAUAGAUUAAAUCUAAAUAUAUCGGAAGACGAAGGUCAACAUGUGCAUUAUCUUAGUCAUUCUUCUCUGUUGUUUGUAUAUAGACAACACUAAUAGUAGUGUUUAUUCAUCAUUUUCACUCGCUCGAAACGAUGACAAUAUUAACAGAUGUAUACGUUUCUAUAUUUUAAUUCUCAUGUUUACCGCUCAUAUUCAUCCAGUAUUUAUUUAAUAUUAUUGAUUUUAGCUGAUGGUUGUCUUGAUCGUGCAUUAGCUAUUAUAUUUGCACAUGAAGCUCGUUGUCUUGCUUUAUUAGAUAUACAAAAGAAACCAUUAGAUGAUCUUAAAAAUUCACUUGAACUAAUCUAUGACAAAGGCCAUUGUUAUAUUUAUACUUAUCGAUGUGAUCUUAGAUUUAUUUUAUUUAUUCCUAAAAUUACUAAAGAUUUACUUGGUGAAAUGAUAUCUCGUAGUUAUGGACAUAUUGUUAAUGUUGUCAGUAGUAGAGCAUUGCGUGAAAAUGCUUUUAGUUCAUUCUAUUCAUCUUCAACAGCUGCUUUAUUCAUUCACUUAAGAUAUAAAACAGCUCAAUCGAAGAACGAUGGUUAUAAAUUUUCUUUAACCAUUACGGACAAUAAUGGAAUAAAAUUAAAACCAAAUUUACCAAUUAAUUUAUCAAAAACAGGUCAAAUGAAAAUGCAUCAAUCAAAAAUGUUGAAUACAUUUUUUAUGAAGAUUUUAAAUAAUGAAGAAGAAAGUGAUGAUGAAGAUGACGAUAAAGACAUUUCGUUUUGA